AGUAAAAGGAUGUGAGGGAACGGCGGCAAAGAGGACGUCGUGAGAGACGAAGAUACGAGAAUGGGCGGGGUAUAUAUGUGGUCCGUAGGAUCAUCCGGGGAUGGGGCAAUUCGUGCACCCCAGCAGUUCGAUUUGUACUCUGGCCUUCGAAACUCAAUGGAGCCUGCUAUCACGUGCCAACACACCCUUUGACCCCGACUACUUCCUUGCCCGGGCUCCUUUCCUUUGCUUCCCUAGACUCUAUCAAUAUUUCCUUAUCUUUACAUGCCUAUACAAGACCGGACCACCGAAUUUCGCUCCUGCGUCGAGUCUAUCCGGAGCAGGUCUUCUUUGCCUUCUCGUGGCGGCGAGGCCAAACAGCGACUGUUGCAGGAUGGUAGUCAGGCACACAGAAGCAAAAGCGAAUUCUCGCGAAUGGCCUCCACUAUUGCGAAAGAUAUCAGUAGCACAACGAUAAAACUUGAGAAACUGGCCCAGUUGGUCAAACGGAAAACCCUGUUUGAUGAUAGACCUGUCGAAAUUAGCGAACUUACCUUCAUCAUAAAGCAAGACGUUGCCCGCAUCAACAAGCAGAUUGCUCAGUUACAAUCUUAUAUCAAGCAACGCAAUGCUCAGUCGUCGAGCUCAGCAGCAGAGAAACAGAUCGAAGAGCACAAUCACAAUGUGGUCAUGCUGUUGCAGAGCAAACUGGCAUAUACGAGUAUGACGUUCAAAGAUGUUCUGGAGGUUCGGACGCAGAACAUGAAGGAAACAAAAGAUCGUACUGAGCAGUUCUUGUAUUCGACAUCAUCUGCCGCCAAUCAGACACCUUCAAGUAAGCCUUGCAGAAGCUUUCAACCUACAUUAUCUCUUUACAUCAUGUUAGGCUCGGUAUUGUUUAACACACAGCGGAGCGAUCCCAUGGGCGACGGCAGUCCAAGUCGUUUUGAAUCUAAUUCCAAAGGCAAAAAUCGUUCCCUGCAAAAUGGAGAUGUUCUCGCUCUCAACCUGGAUGCCGCCGAAGAAGGAACUGCAUCACAGAAUGGCGGCGCCUUUAUGCAGAUGCAGCUAGUUGAGCAACAGGACUCGUACAUCCAAUCUCGCUCCACUGCCAUAGAAUCAAUAGAAUCUACCAUUGCCGAGCUUGGCCAGUUAUUCACACAGCUGGCUAAUGUGGUUGCCGAACAUCGGGAAACGGUGCAGCGCAUUGAUGCUGACACCAUGGACAUAGCGUCAAACGUCAGUGGUGCACAGCGAGAACUCUUGAAAUAUUAUGCUAGCAUUUCAAGUAAUCGGUGGCUGAUGCUGAAAAUAUUCGGGGUUCUCAUCGUCUUUUUUCUGGUCUUCAUUCUGGUGUCAUGAGGAUCGCCAUGCAGGGCGGGUACCUGUAUAUUCUAUGGACAGUAAAUUAUGCGCCUAUAUGCAUAACGUGGAUAGAGAUGCGCUUAUAUUAAUACAAUACCCCGAGAGCAGUGCUGGCUAACCAA